CUGACAAAAAACAAAUGGAGAAACUAAAAGAAGGUGGCAGACAAAUCACAGCUGGCGGGUCCGCAGGUCUCGUGGAAGUAUGUCUUAUGUACCCAUUGGAUGUUGUGAAGACGCGACUUCAACUUGGACAACAGGAUAAGGGAAUGAUGGAUUGUGUGGUGAAAACGUUGAAAAAUGAAGGAAUCGGAGGGUUUUACAAGGGAAUCCUGCCACCAAUCCUUGCGGAAACACCAAAAAGAGCGACAAAAUUCUUCACAUUUGAGCAGUAUAAAAUUGCAUUUACUCAUUCGGAAAUUCCUUUGCCUGUUACAAUGUCAUUCGCCGGUCUCUUCUCGGGACUCACCGAGGCCAUCGUUAUCUGCCCGUUCGAGGUGGUAAAAGUGAGACUGCAAGCGGACAGAAAUUCAAGCGUCAAAGAGCAAAGAUCAACGGCGUCGAUGGCAAGGGAGAUUUAUAGGAACGAAGGAUUCGGAACCAGUGGACUUUACCGAGGAUUGGGGGCCACACUGGGAAGACAUGGUGCAUGGAAUAUGGUCUAUUUCGGGUUGUAUCAUAGUUGCAGAGAAGUUAUUCCUGAUGCCAAGCAAAAUCCAACAUCAAACUUAAUUGGAAGAAUCGCCUUAGGAUUCACCGCCGGAUCGCUUGCUUCAAUCUUCAACAUUCCAUUUGACGUAGCAAAGAGCCGGAUCCAAGGCCCACAGCCGGACCCAUUCACUAGGAAAUACAGUGGAACAAUGCAAACGAUUUCUUUGGUUUACAAGGAGGAAGGAUUCGGUGCUCUGUACAAAGGACUUCUUCCCAAAGUGAUGAGACUAGGACCUGGUGGAGCUGUUAUGCUGAUUGUCUACGACGAAGUUUACUCUUGGCUCCAGAAAAAUACCUAAACUUUUAAAUCAUCUUUUCCGCAAAUGUGACUGAACUUUAUUCCACAUAUUUUUGUAUCGAGUAUCAAAAACUGACAAGUACAAUAAAGCGAAUUGAGAGGGU